AAUCAUGUUAGCGGUACGAGUAUUUCUCAUUACAUUCCUGUUCAGAGAAGCAGUAUCUCUGGUAAAUGUAGAUCCUAACAUGAAAUCGUUUUCGUAUGCUAUUAAGAACGGCGUCCUAAAUUCUAACGAAGAGCAAACACUUUACGAGCAUAACACAGGUCAACCUGGUGUGAUUACAGAGCAGUGGUUCACGGGCUAUGCGAUGGACGAAAAUACCAGGAUUAGAAUCUAUAUCGACGACGAAACAGAAGCAAGUUUAGAUUUUAACCUGUAUCUGGCUCAUGGUAUGGGAUUUGGUGACCAGAAUGAGACACCAAAUAUUCCAUGGGGCACGAAGCGGCUUGGUCAUGAAGCUAAAAACGGUGCAGUCUACAACACGUUUCGAAUUCCUUUUGGCAAAUCAUUCAGAGUUACAGCGACAAGACCAAAUCGUGCUGUGUUCUGGUACAUCAUUCGUGGCGUAGAAAAUUAUCCUGUUGUGUUGGGCGACCUUGUGCUUCCACCAAACGCAAGAUUGAAGCUCUAUAAAAGGGAAGGUGUUUUCAUGAUGCCGUUUGAGUUCUUGAAUAUGGCACACGUCACUGGCUCUGCAGGAGCAGUGUUCUUGGUGACUUUGGAUGCUGCCAGCUCUGAACUUACCUUUCUUGAAGGCUGCUUCCGUGCGUUCAUCGAUGGUAGUAACAAGACAACGUGGCUUUCAUCUGGUACUGAAGACUUUUUCCUAUCUGCAUAUUAUUUUAAUGCCGGAACUUUUCAAGCGCCGAAUUCUGGAUUAACGUACAUAGACAAAGGUAGAGUCAGCGCUUACAAGUUUUUUGAAAACGACCCUUUGCUGUUUAGCAAAUCGCUGGACCUUUGGUGGCGAUGUAGUGAUCUUGAUAUCACGCAGGACAAGCAUGGCUGCCCUAACCGUUGGCCCAAUCCUAGCCCGUAUGCUGACCAAAACCAGUUUUACAACAAAGCGAAGCUAUCCAAGGAAGAAAAGAUUGCCGUUGAAGAAAUUAGGAAAGGCUUGAAGAAGAACGAAGAGUUACCCAAGAACUGGGCAGCCAUGGAGAAAGAAAGGAUUGCCAAAGAAGGAAAGCCAUACGUUUAUGCUACUUUUCACUCAACUAACGUGACGACAUACACCUGGGUGUAUGAAUGGUAAACGUUUGGCCUUACACAAUUGAGGUAAAUUAUAUGGGGACGGAGUUAUUAGGAAUAGUAAUAAUAUUGCAACAUAGAGGGCAAAAUGGCCUAAUUUUGAUUGGCUAAUAUGAAGUCCAAUUUGGAAAUGAAGAAGGCAUAAAUGUGAGUAGUCUGAAAAGCCUGUGGGGUGCUGGGGAGAGAGACGUCUGAAUUUCAAGGAUUUUAAUGCCGUGCGGUGGCGUCACCUACUUUUGUGAAUGUGGUAGGUAUUUUCUGAUUGGCUAAUACCUUUCAAGAAUACAAAACCUUUCAUUGUUGGCUGAACGCGCUGAGGAAAACAUGCUGGUCUGAAAUAGUGUUGACAGGUUAACAAGACUAAUUAUGAAUUGCUGUGUGAAAUGUGAGCUUGGAGUUACCCUCUCUGCACAAAGUGAAGACUAUAUAAUAGUAACAACUGACAAGGAACCUUUUAAUUCCAAAACUGCAGUCUUGCUUUAGGCACUUGUAACAAAAAAAGUACUACCACGACAGUCGCAUAGACUAUUAAGCUAAAACAAAAGUAAUUGCCAAUGGAGAAAGUGUAGGAUGUUGAACUCCCACCCACAGGAAAUAAUUACUCAAUACCAGCUUCAUGACCUAUAAAUUUUACACUCAGAGCAGCAAAAGUAAGAUUUGCUCAGUCAGAGCAUAGUUAUUAGAGGAGACUGGUUAUGAAAAGCGGCAAACAUCAAUGAGAAAAACAACAGUGCUGCAGUUUAUGUUCAAAGCACCGCGAAAGUGCACAAUCCUUUGUUUUCUGUUGGCAAAUUGUUAUGGAAUAAAUUAAUGCAACGUUUUUAUUGGUCAAUACAAUCAAAAUGAGAGGAAUUCUUUUGAACGUUGUGCACUUUCAGGUCCACAAAAACAUAUAACAAAGGCGUCUGACGGGUUUCAUAACCAUUCCACUCAAUUAACUAUGGUCAGAGUUUAACAAAAAGGGAACCUCUGUAGUUCAGGCUAACUCCAAGUCCAAGUUACGUUUCGCACUAUCAUGAGCUUAUGAGUCGUGUUUAGCCUGUUAACACUUCAUUUGAAACCCGAAAAGUUAAACAACCCUUACAUUUAUUCUGGAGGCUUUAUUGUCAAGCUUCGCAGCACUCAAAACACAGAACUCUUAAUAUCGACCAUAUUGCAUGCUGCUGUUCACGGUUCCGUGACAUAUGGCUGCCAACUUGUCAAGAAAUGGAAGUUAGGCAAAAAUGCAUAAAGUACUAGGUGACGUCACUAGACAGUAUUAUAACACUCGGAAUUCAGACGUCUCUCUCUCCCUGUGCCCCCCACAGGUUAGGGGGUGGGGACGUGUGACAUUUCAAACUAAAAUGUGAGCUUCUCCAGGAAAACUCACCCUAAUGCUGAGGAGGCUGCAUAGUGUCCGUUUACAUGCCGAUAACUGAUUUACACCCCACUUGCUGUAGGAGAGGAAAACUGGCACAGUUUUGUUGAUGAUUAAUUAUAUUUUUAUUGUUUGUUAUAUCACAGGCAACCCUUCAAUAUUAGGACUUAACAGAAAGAGAGCUUUGAUGACAGUUUGUGAGAAGAGAUACUUCCAUUUCAAUUUGUUAAUGCACAUAUGUAGGUUUAUGGAAUGUGCACAAAUAAUUUAAUGUCGUAUUAAUCACAGUCAUCAAAGGUGCCCUCAAUUUUUGUUUUGUUUAUUGUUUUAAUCCUGUUGAGCUAAAACUUCGCAGGAUAAUGGAUCUUUGUUUCCCAAAUAAUAAAGUAUUUUUUGGUCAUUCAGUUUUCAUGGUUUUUGGCGUGACAGUGAUGUCCUAAGUUUGACAGACCAUUAGGGAUAAAAUGUGAUCAGAAUUAAGGUUUAGUGGAGAAAUGAUAAAAACAGUACCAUUAUCCAACAAAGUUUCAUCUCAGUCAGAAAAUUGUUUUAUACAAAAGAAGUUAGUAAAUGGCCCAUUGAUGUUGGUACCUUAUCCAGUGAACCUGUACCAUAUAACAAGAAUUUGAAGUUUGGGGGAAAUGAGUUGAAUAAGUGGGGAUGAAUAACAUUAUUUUGUAAACUGUAGAAAUGUUUUCUUUAAUAAUAAUAAUAAUAAUAAUAGGGUUUUUUAAAGAGGGUAAAACACUUAACAGUAGUCCUAAGACACUGAUGACUCUGUGGCCCUCAAAACAAAUUACAAAUAUAGAUUCUACAACUAAAAACUAUAAAAUAUACUAUUUUCAAAGAUAAUUUAGGAUAAAGUAUAAUAGAUAAUUUCUAAAAAGACAUUAUAACUAAGAUUUAUAAAAACAACAUAAAACGUAUAUACAAUUACAGUCUAAGGAGCAUUGCAGCCUUUUGUUCAGCUAGAAAGGAUUUAAAAACGUUAUGCUUAAAAUUUGCUAGCGAGCCAUUAUUUCUUAUAUUGGCAUUCAUACAAUUCCAGUCCUUUAUAGUCCUAAUAGUGAAAGUACGACCUCCUUCUGUUUUUCGUUUAUACUUGGGGAACACCAAAUUUAUGUUUGAAUGUCUGGUGGCUUGAUUAUGAAUUUCUGAAUUUCUGACUAAUAGACUAUUCAAAAUAAUUGUGGACCCGCUUAUACACUAGUGCACAUCUCUUUAUUAGAGAUUGUUUAGUAAAAGGGAGCCAGUAUCUCAGGGAAUUUUUUUCUGUUCCACUCAUCCAUUUGAUGGACUCUUGUCCGAUGUUGAUCGUCUGAACAUAAAAUUCACUUGUCCAUUAAAUGUUGAAAAAUCCAAGGAUAUAAAAUACAAUAGCAGCCACCGUACACUAAGUCAUGAUACAGUAUUGCUUGGUUUUGCAAUGGUUUCUUUGCUGAAGCAAAACUUUUUCAUAUUUUUUGUAGGGGUAUUUUGGUAAUGUAAGAAAAACAAUCAUCUUGACAACUUAAUUAACUUUUCAAUAUUUCAUUCUGUGCAGGCACAGUACACUUAACGUGUCUAUUCAGACAAUUGCUUCACAAGUUUAAGUAUUCCCAGAGAAAAAACAACUUCUUUUUUCAGAUGGGUGAUUUUUUACUAUUAUUACAUUACUUAAUUUGCUUCCAAUUUUGUUUUUAAUAAAAAAAAACAUACUUUAUUAAACUCUUCUCGAAUUGAAAAUUAAAUACAAAUUUAGUAUAACUAUAAUGAAAAAGGACUUCUUGGUGGUCUGGUGGUUUUCAACAGAGCAAAUGUAAACAACUGUCUACGAAAGUAAAAAAUGAAAAUGAAUUAUUUCAUAUAUACGUCAUAUCAAUAAAGUAUGUAUAGCUGUUGAGUCAGGG